AUUACACCGCGUGAUCUUCAUCACUUUGCUCAUUUAGGUAUUGUUUAUCUAUAAUAUCGAAAGCCACUUUUCAGGCAACAAUUUAAGAAAACUUGCUAAGGAUUAAAGAGUUAUGCUUUCCUUUUUUAGCCCUUGAUCUCUUUCCACGGGGGCAUCAUACAGUAAGAUGACACUUUACCAAGAAAUCGCCUCCUGGGUAGCACCUAGGAAGCGAGAAAUAUCCCCGGUGCCAAAACUUGGAUACCCUCCACCAAGUCAUCGCUUACUACAAUUUCCGCAACUCAGCCCUAAACCAUGUAUCCUUGUUUUCCUUCGGCACUGUGGAUGCCCAUUUGCCGAAAAAGCGUGUAUCGAUGUUUGCAACUUAGAUGCUGUGCGUAAGGGUAGAAUCAAGGUCAUAUUGGUAUCUCAUUCAUCUGAGGAGGCCACAAAUCGCUGGUGGAAAGAAGUUCAGCAAAGUGGUCGGUUACCUGCCGAUUUUGGAAAUCAAAAACUGGCGGUGUCUGUCAUUAUCGAUGAUGAACUGGAACUAUACGCUGCCUGGGGCCUUGGGGUGGCUAAAACAGAACAUGUCUUGAAUUUAGCCACGGUGUCUGCGGCAAUAUCACUAGGAUGGAGGGAGGGACUUUGGGAUCGCGCGACGGAAAGCGGAUCUCGGUGGCAGACCUCUGGCGCAUACGGUAUCGAUAGAUUUGGAAUUGUUAAAUGGGUGCAUGUCCCAAGACUGGCGAGUGAUCUGGCGGGCUUUGAGGAUGCUCAAGCAGUAUUACUGGAAAGCUGAACAAAGUGCUAUUAUCGAUCUUCUACAGUGCUAGUCCUGGUUUGUAGUAGGAAGUGAACAG